AUGGCCGUGACUCUCCCCAUGACAGCUGUCAUGCUCCCAUUGGCCCGUCCCAUCGUGCGCAUUGUCUUUCAGCGUCGUUCCUUUGAUGCCUCAGCGACCAAUCUCGUCUCCUCACUCCUCUCGUGCUACCUCCUCGGCUCCCCCUGCUACCUGGCCCGUGAUGUCCUCGUUCGUCUCUUCUACUCCCUCGCUGACGGCACCACGCCCUUCCUUAUAAGCACAUUCGCUAUAGCGGCCAACGCGGUUCUGGAUUUUCUCUUCGUGAGCCGCUGGGAGUUUGGCCCACAGGGUCUUGUGCUUGCUACAGCCGCUGUGAACACUGCUUCGGCUGUAGCGCUGCUGUGGCUGGCGCACAGGAGAAUGGGAGGCCUCCCUCUCUCGCUCUGGUGGCCCUCCUUCUCCAUCCUUUUCCAAUCAGCCGCUGCUACAGCCAUCACAGUCACAGCCACACAUAACUCCUCUCUGCCGCGCUUACAGCCGCCUCUCACUCUCUCUCCUUGCGUCCCACUUGGGUGUGGUUACUAG